AUGCCAAACUACAAGAACUCGCUGCUAGCCACGAAACUUCGUAACAUGAGGCGUAGAUCCAAAUCCAAACGACAAAAGCUCAUUCAGAACCAACCUGAGCCUCAAGAGAGGGAAGAAGAAGAAGAAGAAGAUGACGGAAACGGGUUCAAGCUCAAAACUUCAGCUAAACACGGAGUCCAACCACUCGGAAACCUCUACUUCAUCAACAAAGGCGCCGUCAACGUCAGAAACACCGGUUUAGGCAACCUCCAGGUACUCUCCGACGAGCUCCUUUUAGACAUCUUAGCCCUUCUCAACGCGACACACCUCGGCGUUUUAGCUACUGUAACCAAAUCUCUCUACAUCUUCUCAAACCACGAGCCUCUCUGGAGAAACCUCGUCUUGGAAGAGCUAAAAGGAGACUUCUUAUUCACCCGUUCGUGGAAAUCAACCUACGUAGCUUCUACCUAUCCAAAGUUUCAACCUUUAACUGACUCUGUUUUAAAGAUUAGAGAUUUUUACUCUGAUUACCUCUUUCAGAGUUGGCUAUGUGCGAAUCUUGAGAUGAAACAGGAGUGGCUUGAGAGAGAUAAUAUUGUAAGAGUGAGAGGUAUUUCAGUUGAGGACUUUAUAACUAACUUUGAGGAACCGAAUAAACCGGUUUUGUUGGAAGGGUGUUUGGAUGAUUGGGGUGCGGUUAAGAAAUGGAGUAAAGGGUAUUUGAGUGACGUGGCGGGUGAUGUUGAGUUCGCUGUUGGUCCUGUUGAGAUGAAGCUUGAGAAUUACUUUAAGUAUUCUGAUGGAGUUAGUGAGGAGAGGCCUUUGUAUUUGUUUGAUCCCAAGUUUGCUGAGAAAGUUCCUGUUUUGGACUCUGAGUAUAACGUUCCUGUUUACUUUAAGGAAGAUUUGUUUAGUGUUUUGGGAAACGAGAGACCUGAUUAUAGAUGGAUUAUUAUUGGACCGUCCGGGUCUGGUUCGUCUUUUCAUAUUGAUCCUAACUCUACGUCUGCUUGGAAUGCGGUGGUCACUGGUUCGAAGAAAUGGGUUUUGUUCCCACCGGAUGUGGUUCCUCCGGGUGUGCAUCCGAGUCCUGAUGGUGCGGAAGUGGCGUGUCCUGUUUCUAUAAUGGAGUGGUUUAUGAAUUUUUAUGGUGAUACUAAGAAGUGGAAGAAGAGGCCUGUUGAGUGUGUUUGCAAAGCUGGGGAGGUUAUGUUUGUACCUAAUGGAUGGUGGCAUUUGGUGAUUAACUUGGAGGAAUCUAUUGCUAUUACUCAGAACUAUGUUAGCAGGUAA